AAGGCUGCCACCUCCCUCGGUCCUUUGAAGGAGCCUGGUCCUCCCUCUCCUGGGGCCCACACUCUCCCCAGCAGCCACCCCAGAGGCCUCUCCUCCGGCCUCGAGGGCUCUGCUUGUCUUCUCAUCCCCGGGAGGAGAGUGAGGCCAUGGGGCUGCCCCUGCUGCUGCCCCUGCUGCUGCCCCUGCUGCUGCUGCCACCGGCAUCUCUGCAGGGUGAUCACUGGGCACAACCAUACUUUCAGUUUGAGAUGAACCAGCCAACACAACUCUCAGCCCCUGAGGGUGGCUCCAUCCGCAUCCCCUUCUCCUUCGACUACUCCCAGGACUCAGGCAGGGUUUCCAAUGUGAAUAUAUCCUGGAGAUGGAAACACUUCCAUGGGGAUUUCAUCUACAAAACGACCCCCCGACUCAUCCAUAAGAACUUCGAGAACCGGCUCCUCCUGAACUGGGAAGAGGGUAUGAAGAACGGCUCCCUCCAGAUCUUGAACCUACGGAGGGAGGACGAGGGUUCGUACUUCUGCCGAGUGGAGAUGAUCACAGAGAAAUACGCUGCACAGAAGUGGCAGUCCAUCCAGGGGACCGAGCUCACGAUCACACACGCCCAGACAACCACCCUGAGCUCCACCACCACUGCUGCCACCACCACUGCUGCCACCACCACUGCUACCACAGCUGGCCUCGGGACCUCAGAGAACCAAAGGCAUUCGGGGUCUUGGCCCCUGAGUACGGAAGCUACCGUGGGGAUAGCAGGCGCUGUGCUUAUAAUAGCAAUUGUGGGACUGAUUUUGUGCCUCUGGUGGGAGAAGAGGAAAGGUCUGCAGACUAAAGCCAGAACCCCCGCCAGAGGAUCCUUCCAGAACCUGGAGGAGAAAUACCAGAACAUUGGGAACAAAGUGCAACAGACAAACCCCAAGCUGGACCAAAAUGAUGAUGGCAUCCUCUAUGCCUCCCUCACCCUCCACAACGUGCCCUCACCGGCCACACCUACGUGCCCUCCCGCCCACGGGGGCCCCCAGGAAGAGACCCUGUACUCUGCCCUGAAGACCUAAGGACUGGGACGAGUGAUGACCUCCUUAGGGUCAGCCGUGCACGGGGAUCUCACUUCCCCAUAAUCACAGCCACACACAGACCGCUCAGAAGCCAGCAGGUGCCGAAGGCCACCGAGGACCUGAGCACCUACCUGCUCCAAUUCCUCUUCGACUUCCCAGCCCUUGACCACACGAAUAAAAGUACCUGUAUGAUUUGA